AUGAAGCAAUCAUUUCCCUUCCCCUUUUGCCCCCUUUCCAAUAAAAUCGCAAGCCCUUCAACGCCUCUCUCUUCAACCGAUUCCGAUCGUCGACACCUAAUAGCAGCAGCCCUCGCUCGCCUCUUUCGCAAGUGCGCGCCUGCCAACUCCAAAAAGAAAACCAUCAAGACCGACGCCGAAAACUCCACGCGGGCGUGUCCCUUUGAAAGCCACACCAUCCCAAACGACUGGUAA